ACGACAUUUGAAGUAGCGGUAACGACAACGGUAACUGUAACGGCCUCGUUUAAUCGACGGUCCAAACAAGACACCCUCACAUCCAAGGCUUCAUUCAGGAACAGAGUAGAGAUCAGCUCUUGGUCCCUGAUAUCCCCCCACAUAGUCGGUCAGAUAGAAAAUCCCCCAGACCAAGAUAAGUGA